CUGGACCUGCUAACAUGCUCCGCUUCAGCCUCAGCAGCACUCUGUUGCUGGCAGCAACCUGUUUGCUCACAGCAGCAGGUAAAUAUCUGAGUGAAUGAGAUCUAUAUUAUUACACAUGUACCGUCAACACACUUCAACUAAUCCCUUCAUGUGUGUACAAUCUGUUAGUUGUGUCCACAGAGAGAGUUAUCACCUGUGACGACGGCUACAGUGUACAACACCUGAGCUGCGAGAUCGGAGUGAUCAGUGUGGAGGCAUCUCUGUAUGGACGAGCAGACAGCAAGACCUGCAGUGAGGGCAGACCUGCACACCAGCUCGCUAAUACAAAGUGUUCCCAGCCUGGAACUGUGGACAUCCUCAAGAAAAGGUGUGAUGGAAAGAAGGUUUGUGAACUAAACACAUUUGCCGUCCGUAUCUCUGAUCCCUGUUAUGGCAUCUUUAAAUAUCUGGAGACCAACUACACCUGCUUCCCAGCAAUUCACCUGGUUGUAUGCGAGAACUCUUUGGCACAACUUUACUGUGAUGAAGGUCAGGUCAUAUUGGUUUACGGUGCUGAUUACGGACGCCACGACUACACCACAUGUUCUUACCAACGACCUCCCGCUCAGGUCCGAAAUACCUACUGCUCAAAUCCUGGGACCAAAGUGGCUGAAAGCUGUAACGGGAAAAACAGCUGUACUAUCAGAGCCAGCAACUCGGUGUUUGGGGAUCCAUGUGUCGGCACCUACAAGUACCUGGAGGUGGCUUACACCUGUCAAUCCCAUCUCUGUUUAACCUCCAACUCCACAAAGACGAAAAACAUUACUGUCUGUCUCGGCAGCCACAAGAUGCUCUGCUUCAGACUCAGCAGCAGACUGUUGCUGGCAGCAGCGUGUUUGCUUGUGACUGCAGGCUUUUCUACAGCGCAGCCCAUGUUGCCCCUCACUGCUGUGUCCACAGAGAGAGUCGUCACCUGUGAUGACCUGAACAACGUCCAGCACCUGAGCUGUGAGACCGGUGUGAUCAUUGUGCAGACAGCUCUCUAUGGACGAGUAGACAAGGAAACCUGCAGUGAGCACAGACCUCCACAGCAACUAACUAACACAAAGUGCUCCCAGCACGGCACUCUGCAGGUCAUCAAACAAAGAUGUGAUGGCAAGAAGGAUUGUGAAAUAAACACAAAUGUGGUUCGAACCUCUGAUCCCUGCUAUGGCACCUAUAAAUACCUGGACGUCACUUUUGCCUGCUUCCCAGCAGUCCGCACCAUUGCAUGUGAGCACUCUGUGGCACAUCUGCAGUGUGAUGAAGGACAGGUCUUAUUUAUCUAUGGAGCUGAUUAUGGACGCCGUGAUAAGAACACAUGUGCUUUCAAACGACCCGCAUCUCAGAUCCAAAACGUCCACUGUUCUAGACCCACAAGCAAAGUUGCUGGAAGCUGUAAUGGGAAAAGCAGCUGUACAGUCAAAGCCAGCAACUCAGUGUUUGGAGACCCCUGUGGCGGCACCUACAAGUAUCUGGAGGUGGCUUAUAGAUGUCAAUAUGCUUCCUCCAAAUAAUCGACAUCAAUAAGACAUCUCAUCAUACAUGCUGGGAACAACCUGCAUUCAGUUUGUGAUGAGACAGAAGUAAUGAAAAAGAUUCUUCUACCAGGUACACCAUGUGGCCCAAAGUGUGUUGACACCUGAACACUGGUGACCAUCUCAUACCAGCCCUGUCAAGUGAUGCCAUGUUCAAAACAAAUAUUGAUUGAUUUGAUUGAUUUAUUUUCUCUACUGCAAGUUAUUUCCUUUUCUGUUGACUCUGGGUUAGGGUCAUUUCAUUCUGUAAUUGUUUCCUUCUCACUUUUAAUUCACAAAUAAACUUGCCUGAUGAAAUGA